UCCUCCUCUACUCAAGGACAACCUCAACAACCAACACCAUGUGUGGCAGCUACUACGGAGGCUGUGGCUAUGGAGGCUGUGGCUAUGGAGGCUGUGGCUACAGAGGCUAUGGCUAUGGAGGCUGUGGCUACGGAGGCCUGGGCUGUGGCUACGGCUCCAGUUAUGGCUGUGGCUUCCGCACCCUGGGCUGUGGCUAUGGCUGUGGCUCUGGCUGUGGCUACGGAUACCGUUCCCACUCUCUCUGUGGCUAUGGAUGUGGCUCUGGCUACGGCUCUGGCUUUGGCUGUUACUAAUUGAGGUCACCAUGGGAGACUUUCACCCUCCAUACCUGGACAUGGGAUUCAUCAGUUCUGAGCCCCACAGCUUCUGAGCUUUUUCCCUUGGGUGAUGAUAUCCUGCAUGAUGAAAGUCUAGCAUGGUCUGUUGUUGCCUACAAUCCAACCUACAGAUACCCUGAAUUUAUGCAGGAAGUGGGAGAUGGUGAAAUUCACCUGUGACCCCUACAGUUCUGCUUUCAUCAGGAUGAUGGUGUCAGAGCAACUGCCUCGAUGAUAUUCAUGCUGGAGCCUGUUUCUGUGUUGACCCAAUAAAUUUGUUCAAUCCAAACAGCAA